CGACGAUGUAAUGAGAAGAACAAGUAUAAGAUUUUUGCAGCUUCCAACGAAAAGUAAUGCUAGCCCAUUCGAGAUAUUCUCUCUACCGUCUACCGCAACUUCUAAGGAGAUAAAAGCGCGAUAUUAUGAGCUAGUAAAGAUAUAUCACCCGGAUAGGUGCACGAUAGGCGAUCAGCAGAAACAUACAAAGGAUUUUCAAGCUAUCGUAAGAGCAUAUGAAUUAUUAUCCGAUACCAAAAAGAGACAACAAUACGUAGAUACCGGCGUCGGCUGGACUUCGGAUGGCGCCCAAUCGAAAUGGGACGCUGACAUGGAAUUUAUUAGGAGAAACUAUGGUCAUAGGCGCUCUACACAGUUUGCUAGUUCUUAUACGCCACCCUACAGUCGUCGAUCUGGGGGAUGGGAUGGCGAAUUCUACUGGUCAACCUAUCAUCAUCCAUCCACUGGAAGGCACAAACCUGUGUAUAGCUCUAACGGCGCAUUUAUAUCAGGUUUGAUUUUCUUUUCAGCUAUUGUCACUAUCAUCGAAUACCAAACAUUCUUCCCUACGACGAUGAUUAAGAAUAGCUUCACCAAAUCUAAAGAGGUGGAUCCACUUCAAGACUGGCAGUUCAAGGCCAAUAUUGAUGCAAAUGUCUCAUUAUCAAAGGCGCACGAAUUGAGACAACGACAUGGACUAUCACGGACAUUAGCUGCACGUAGACAUGUGGAAGAACAAUCACAAGCACAGUAAAAUGAUAGUACAUUAACCAAUUGUGAAUAAAAUUAGAAAGCUGUAUAAUUAUCUGACAUAUCGUUAAAUAUAAGGAAGAUGAGAGAGUGAUAAAUAAGAGAAAAUCAUAAAGCUAAGCUUUGAUAGCAGCUAGAGAAGCUUGUGAAGCUGUUCUAGCUUUUUGAGCUGCACGCUGUUGGGCGGAUGCGGCUAUAGAUGCUGUGAUUGAUGGUAUAUCCGUUUCGAUUGCUGUCUCAAAGUAGGGAUGGUUUAAUGCUCUCUUGGCUGAUAAUCUGUGUGCAGGGUCAUAUAUAAGAAGUUGCAAGAAGAUCUAUUCCUUCAGGCUCUAAACCUGGAACAGCCUUGUAAAGAUCAACGCGUGACCAUUGAGGGAAAGUUGUCUUGUAGUCAGGGAGAGAUUUGACACCAGGCCAGAUAUCCUCAUUUGGAGUACCAAGAAUGCGGAAAAUCUUGAAAAUUUCAUCAAUUUCUGAAUCACCAGGGAAGAGUGGUUGACGCAUGACCAUUUCGGCAAAGAUGCAGCCAACUGACCACAUAUCGAUAGCUGUAGAGUAGUGUCUCGAGCCUAACAAAACUUCUGGUGCUCUAUACCACAAUGUGACGACUUCAUGGGUGUAAGUGCGCAAAGGGAUACCGAAAGCUCUUGCCAAACCGAAAUCUGCGAGUUUGAGGUUACCCUCCUUGUCGAUCAGGAGGUUUUGAGGUUUGAGAUCUCUGUGUAAGAUUCUAUGAGCAUGGCAGAAGUAGGUACCCUUGAUGAGUUGAUAGGUGAACUUCUUGACGAUAUCUGGACCGAGACCUUCCUUCUUCUGGCCGACGUUGUCCAUGUACUUUUUCAAGUCCAAAUCGAGGAACUCAAAGACGAGGUAGAGUUUAGCAUCCGAGUGUAUGAUAUCGAAGAGCCUAACGAUAUUGUCAUCCCUGAGCUCCUUCAAAAGACUGAUCUCUCUGAUCGCGGUGGAGGGAACGCCUUCAUCCUCUGCCUCUAAUCUGAUCUUCUUGAGAGCGACGAUCCUACCGUUGUUGACAUCCUUAGCUUUGUAGACGACACCGUAAGUACCUAAAUAGAGG